AUGAGUCACCAAUCACACACCCUCCAUGAGCCCAGUGGCCAGAUGAAGAGCGCCCACCCCCAGCUGACGGAGCUGAUCCUGCGCUUGCAGCAGACCCUAGAGGACUACAUCACGCAUCAGGAGACCAGGCACCUGCAGCAGGACCUGGAGCUGGAGAAGCAGAACCACAGCCAGGCCACCAGGGGGCAGGAAACCACCCUCGUGCACUUGAUGUGCCAAGUGGUCAGCCUCUUCCAGUCUGGGGCCACAAAUAGCCUGGAGCUCCAAUUGGACUCGGGGGGUGAUGUUGGAGGUGGGCAGCAGGCCCAAACGUCCAGGCAGCCUGACCAGCUUCAUCACCAACUGAGUGAUGUAAAAGCUUCAUUCAUCAGCAAUGACCUGUCCGACCGUGGGACGGACACCUCUGCCUUAUACCAGUCCAGCUUUCAGGAUUUCACAACCUACCAUGGAGACAAAUAUGACGAAGACAGGAACCCCUCGGGCUUCAUUAACCUUGCUAUCAGCGAGAGCAACCUCUGCAUCGAUCUGAUCACCGAGAGGUUGAGUCGGGGUGACAUGACCUCCACUGAUGAGGCCCUUCUGCAGUAUGCUGACUGGAGAGGACACGCGUUCCUGCGGGAAGAAGUGGCCCGGUUCCUGACCUACUACUGCAAGGCACCUGUCCCGCUUGAUCCAGAAAAUGUGGUUGUUCUAAAUGGCUGCGGUGUUAUGUUCUCCUCUCUGACCAUGGUUCUGUGUGAUCCAGGUGAGGCCUUUCUGACCCCCACCCCCUUUUAUGCUGGCUUCACCUGUGCUUCCCGCCUGUACUCGAAAGUUGAGCUGAUUCACGUCCACCUGGACAGUGAGGUCACUGAGGCGAACCCCCACCCGUUCCAGCUGACAGUGCGCACGUUGGAGGAAGCCCUGCUGGAGGCGAGGACUGAGGGGAAAAAGGUCAAAGGCCUUGUGCUCAUCAACCCUCAUAAUCCCCUGGGAGACGUCUACUCUCUGGACUCACUGAGGGAAUACCUGGAGUUUGCCAAGAGGUACAACCUACAUGUGAUUAUUGAUGAGAUUUACAUGGGGACUGUGUUUGAUGAAUCCAUCCCAUUCCACAGUGUUCUGAGCAUGGAAAGUUUGCCUGACCCCAAUAGGACCCAUGUGAUCUGGGGCACCAGUAAGGGAUUUGGGAUCUCUGGCUUCCGUUUGGGCGCUCUGUACACCCGCAACAAGGAAGUGGCCUCGGCCGUGAGCACGUUUGGCUUCCUCCACGGCAUCUCUGGCAUCGCCCAGCACAAGCUGUGUCGGCUGCUCCAGGACAGAGAAUGGAUUGACAACGUGUACCUGCCCACUAACCGCUCCCGGCUGCAGGCAGCUCACAGGUACAUCACCGACAAAUUGAAAGCAUUGAAGAUCCCUUUUCUCAAUCGUGGCUCUGGCCUCUUUGUGUGGAUCAACUUGAAAGAGUACCUGGACCCGUGCACAUUUGAGGAAGAGUUGCUCCUUUAUCGCCGCUUCCUGGACAACAAGCUGCUGUUGUCCCCUGGCAAGUCCUACAUGUGCAAGGAGCCUGGCUGGUUCCGCCUCACCUUUUCGGAUAAGUUCCUCCACCUAAAAGUCGGUGAGUGGUGCUGA